UAAAUAUGAUUAUGACCAUGCACCAUGUCAUUAAUUACUUUCUCCCUAUUUCCUUCACUUUAUAAACAACAAUAUCAUUUGGUUUCAAUUGUUUUCUCACCUCCCCAUUUAGUCUUUGUUCUUUGGAAUUACAAAAGGGGAGGAAGAAGGGUUGAGAGAUAAAUUAAGAAUCAUAUAUUAAUUGAUCAUUCAUAUUCAUAUGUUAUAUUAAUAUAUAAUAUAAUAUAUGGCUGAUGCAUUUGAUGAGGAGUGUGAUUACCUCUUCAAAGCUGUUUUAAUUGGAGAUUCAGGAGUUGGGAAAACAAAUCUUAUUUCAAGGUUUGCAAAAGAUGAAUUUCGACUUGAUUCCAAACCAACCAUAGGUGUGGAAUUUGGUUACAAGAACAUCAAAGUUAGAGACAAACUCAUCAAAGCACAAAUAUGGGACACUGCUGGCCAAGAGAGGUUUAGAGCUAUCACAAGCUCAUACUAUAGAGGAGCCUUAGGGGCAAUGCUAGUGUAUGACAUAACUAGAAGAACAACAUUUAUUAAUAUAGAAAAAUGGUUAUAUGAGCUUAGAGAGUUUGGAAAUGAAGACAUGGUGAUAAUUCUUGUAGCAAACAAAUCUGAUUUGAGUCAAUCAAGACAAGUUGAGAAAGAAGAAGGAAAAGGGUUUGCUGAAAAAGAAAGUUUAUGUUUCAUGGAAACUUCUGCUUUGCAUAAUUUAAAUGUUGAGGAUGCAUUCUUAGAAAUGAUUACUAAGAUACAUGAUAUCAUAAGCCAAAAAAGUUUGGAAGAAAAAAUUAAUGGGCCAAAGUUAAGUGUUCCUAAUGGAAAGGAAAUUCAUAUAGUUGAUGAAGUGACUGCCACUAAACAAGUUAAUUGUUGUUCAAGAUGAGAAUUUGCAUAAUCAUUUUUUGCUAAGUAUCAUUAAUUAACUUAGUUUUAGUUGUAUGUUGAUCCUUACUAUUGUAUUUUUAUAUUUCCUUCCAAACUUUUUUAUUAUUUGAUUUUUCUUGUUCGUAGAUUAUUAUUUAUUAUGCAUCGAUUAAAAUGUAGUUGUUUCGAGUAGUAAUUAAGAGAUUGAAUAUUUUAAAUAAGUGAUUAGAGGUUUGACAUUUGA